AUGGGGAACAAGUAAUAAUCAUAAACUCAAUUCGCUUCAGUAUAUUAACCUUUUAAUUUUAACCCAUAUUAGUCUGAGUAUCAACUCGAAGUUAACCAACAUUACAAUGAUGGUAAAAUUGCUCAAAAAGUUAACAACCAAGGUGGUUGUGGCAGUGGAUGUGGAUCAGGCUGCGGUGGAAUGGAAAAAACAGUCGGAGGAUGUGGCAGCGGCUGUGGUUCUGGAUGUGGCUCUAAGCAAGCUGAUGGCGGUUGUGGCUCAGGAUGUGGAGCUGGCUGUGGCGGAGGACAAUAAUGA